UGAUUGUUAUUUUUGUGUAGAGUUUUACUAAUGAUUUGUUGGUUUUGUGUGAAAUUUUAGGCGAAAAGAGUCCGAAGAGAAGAGAAUAAGCGCCGGAAACAAGAAAACGCCCGCAAAGCCGAGAUAACUCAGCCGAUUAAAAAUCCAAAGAAAUUGAAGCGAAUCGCGAAGAAACAGAUGAAACAAAUGAGAAAAGUCCGCAAGAAUUGAGCCGAAGGUUCGUUAGUCACUACCUGUUCGUCGGACUCAGACUUGAAUUGAAUUUAAUUAUCACUGAAUAUAUAGUUAGAGCCAAAAGAUGUUUUAUAUUUUGUAUGACUUAUCGAUUCAUUUUUCGCAU